AUGUCUUUGCCCAAAACCACAAAGGGCUGGGCCGUCGUGGGCCAGGGCAGCUUUGACAACCUCAACUUUGACACCCAACAGCCUCUCCCCGAGCUCUCCGACAACGAAGUGCUGGUCAAGUUCCAUGCAGCUUCUCUCAACUUCCGCGACAUCAUGAUUGCCCAGGGCACUUAUCCCUUCGAUAUCAAGGAAAACAUCAUCCCAGGCUCCGAUGGUGCGGGAGAAGUCGUGGCUAUCGGCAAAAAGGUCACCCGCUUUCAGAAAGGGUCCAACGUUACGACGUUGUUUAUGCAAACGUACUUUGGCGGACCGCUAACCCCCAAGGCCUUGGGAUCGGCGGUCGGUGGUUCUGUUGAUGGCACCCCCCGGGAGUACGGUGUCUUCAACGAGAAUGGACUCGUGGAUAUGCCAAGAAACCUCAGCUACUUGGAGGCUGCAACACUGCCCUGUAGCGCUCUUACUGCGUGGAAUGCUCUCUACGGGCUGAAGGCAAUCCUUCCCGGUGACUGGGUCUUGACACAAGGUACUGGUGGUGUCAGCAUCUCUGCUCUGCAGUUCGCAAAGGCUGCAGGUGCUCGAGUCGUCGCCACGACGUCCUCUGCUGCCAAGGCCCAGAAGCUCAAAGAGCUAGGAGCUGAUCAUAUUAUCAACUACAAGGAAAUUUCGAACUGGGGAGAGGAGGCCAAGAGGCUGACUGAAGGUGGCGUUGACCAUGUCCUCGAGGUUGGGGGCGCGCAUACUAUCACGGAGAGUCUCAAAGCUGUUAAUAUCGGCGGGUCUGUCACCAUCAUCGGUUGGAUUGCUGGGCCGGGAGAGACCGGGCCAAGCUUCCCUCAGAUCCUGUCGAGCAUGGCUGUCGUCAGGGGAAUCGUGGUCGGGAGUCGAGAUCAAUUCGAAGCAAUGGUUCGCGCGAUUGAGGCUUUUGACAUCAAACCCGUUCUCGACAAACAGGUCUUCAAGCUUCUUGAGCUCAAGGAUGCUUACCAGUAUCUGGUGGACCAGAAACAUUUUAGCAAGGUUUUAAUCAAGAUUGAGUAG